GAUUAGUGUUCUCCGGAGAAUUUAGCGCCACCUUUCAUAGUAUGCUCCACUAUCUGUAUCAAUUUCUUACUCGUGUCAUGUCUCCCCUGAUCUCCAACGGCGUGCCCUCUCCAGUGUUGGAGGGCACCCAAGACCCUAAGUCACUGCCUGCUGGAAAGGAUGACCUUCUCAGCGAGCUGGCGAGUUCCAUUUCGUCGAAUGCUCAGAUCGUGAGCACUUUCCUACAGUCCGAGGGCUACAAUGCGCCUUCAUUCGGGCGCGAUGCUGCUUCAACAGUAGUUCCCGCAACCGCUCCUAGCGAGGUCCAGGCAGCACGCGAAGCGCUGCUGGAGGGAUCAAUGAAGAUGUUUCAGCUUGCAUCAGGACCUAGAGAGUACCUACCCAACCUCGCCGUGCAAUACCAAUAUCUUUCGUGUCUCCAUUGGUUGAUUCAUUUUGGUAUCUUCUCACGGGUUCCUUCCACCGGAUCAAUCACCUAUGCCGAGCUGGCGGCGGAUGCAGGCGUCCCCGAGCGAACAUUGAAGACAGUAGCACGUAUGAUCAUGACUAGUCAGGUCUUUUACGAGCCCCAGUCGGGAAGUAUCGCACACACGGCGGCAUCAGCGCAGUUCGUGACCAACCAGAGUUUGAACGACUGGGCUCAGUUCAUGUGUGAGGCCUCUGUACCGGCUGCCUUGAGUCUUGUGGCCGCUACUGAGCGAUGGCCGACCAGCCAGUCGCGAACCGAGACCGCCUAUAAUGUCGCUGCGGAUACCGACUUGCCAUUUUUCGAUCACUUGGCCACGCUACCCGAGCGGACCCGACAGUUUGCCGGAUACAUGAAGAAUGUCACCAGCAGUGAAGGCACCAAGCUGGACCACUUGCUUUCCGGCUUCAACUGGGCGGGCCUCGGAUCGGCCAAGAUUGUGGAUGUCGGUGGCUCAACUGGAAACGCAGGAAUGGCACUGGCCAAAGCAUUCCCAGAGCUGCAAAUCACUGUGCAGGAUCUCCCCGAGAAUGCCGCCGAGGGGGCCGCGACACUGAAACCCGAUCUGGCAUCGCGUGUCACUUUCCAGGGACACGAUUUCUUCCAGCCACAGCCAGUCAUCGGGGCUGACAUCUAUUUGCUGCGCAUGAUCCUGCACGAUUGGGCGAUACCCGAGGCGGUUCGCAUCUUGCAGCAACUAGUCCCGGCGAUGCGUCGGGGUUCGCGUAUCGUCAUCAUGGACUCCGUAUUGCCACGCCCGGGUUCAAUAGCCUCGACCAAGGAGCGCCUGCUACGGGUGCGUGAUUUGACCAUGCUGCAAGUGUUCAACAGCUGUGAGAGAGAUCUGGAUGACUGGACUCAGUUGCUGAGCCUAGCGGAUAAGCGUUUGCGACUCACGGAUGUGUCGCAGCCUCGGGGAAGUGUCAUGUCCCUUCUUACUGUCACUCUUGAUGAGUGAGUGCGUGGUUCUCCGGUUUCCUGUUUACAACAUGGCAAUAAUGCACGGGCAUCACAACCAUCUGAGCGCAGCUUAUUUGCAUUCUAGCGAUUGGUUCGUGUUGUAAAUAGUUGACUCGUUAGCCAACACAAUGAUAACGCACCGGCAGGGGUGGGGCGACGCGCUCUGGUUAUGUUUGUAUGGAAGGUCAUGUGAUCGUAUAUCUAGAGGUUACCUAUCACUCUUUCUUCAGUCUUGAUUAUUCUCCUUUACUUAGGACACAUGAGUUAAUGCAUUAUUACCAAUUUCUCUUAA